AUGAGUUUUGCUAUUGGUUUUUACGAGUUGAUACCGAAAAAUUACAACUCCAUCGUUAUUCUUCCACCACUCCAUCGCGCCGCGCCCUGUUCUGAAAAACCGUCUUCCUCAACCUCGCUUCCGAUUCCGAUUUUACAUGCCCGCCCGAUUCCGAUUGCCAACCGUCUUCAUCACCAUCACCGCGAAUGCCUUAUAACACCGCCACCAACACCGAGUUCACUGCACGACACCCGCGAUCCGCCUUCUAACCACCGGCCAAGAAGUCGCUGCGGUAAAACCCCUUUUCGGUUCAUUGGUAAUCUUGUUGAUAUAGAGGAUCGUUUGGAUGUUGAAAUCUAUGACCCUCUUUUGGGUUCUUGGGAUUUAGCUCCUCCUCUUCCUGCUGAUUUUAGAUCUGGAAACUCUUCAUCUUCACUCUCCCCAGCUUUGUUCGAAGGGAAGUUCUAUGUUUUUGGGAUAUAUUCAUGUUUUGUUUCUUCCUUUGAUUUGAAACUCGAUGUUUGGAGUGAUGUUAGGGUUGUUAGGCCUUCUGGGGUUGUGUUUUCUUUCUUGAUUUCUUGUAGGGAAAGUCUUGUUUUGGCUGGGGUUUGUAAUUCCUCAAGUGGGUCUAGCUUCACUUUGUGGGAGGUUGAUGAGAUGAGUAUGGAGAUUUGUGAGAUUUCUGUUAUGCCUCAUGAUUUGCUUUGUGGUUUAUUUGAUGGUGAUGAGGAUGAUAGAUUUGCUAGCUUGAAGAUGUACCCGGCUUGUGUUUGCGAGAUUCGCCGGGGUCGUGGCGGGGAGAAGAGUGAGUGUUAUUGGAGGAGAGUGCCUCAAUUGCCAUCACUGAUGAAUAGGUUUCACAAAGUUGUUAGCUUUUGUUCAGGUGUUUCAUUGUAUAGCAUUCUGGGUGUAGGUCAACACCAUGGACUUCAUUGA